CCACCGAGAAUGAAUAUCCCGGUCUCAACCGGUUUCAACCGGUCCGUGGUUGGAAGCAUGAGCUUAGAGGAAGAGCAUUAAAGAACAUCUCAGCUCUCCACAAACAGUGUGCGCGAAUAAAUAGAGUCAGAAAAUAAAAACGAGACUCUUUCUUUUUUUUUUUUUUUUUUUUACGUGAUUAUGAUGACCGCUCAAAAGUGAUACUCCGUGAAUCUGUUGUUGUUAGCUUAGCUUAUAUUACCCAGCAGGCUUGCAAUCAUCAUUGACUUUUACCAUUAGCACGCUAGGUUGCUAUUAGCCCAAAGAAAAGAUGAUGUCUAAACUGGCUUGAAGACGAGAAACAAUUAGCGGAACGAUUUUAACACGUCGACCAAGAAUCGAUAAGUAUCAUAGGUAACGGUGUUUCUUUGUUUUUUUAAGAAUAAGCUCCGUUGGUUGUCAUCUAGCCUAAGCUAGCAUUAGCUUGUUGCUAUCGGAAGGUUAGGAGCAGUCUAAGCGCGUGUGCCAUGAGAUAAUAACGCGACACAGAGGCUUAAUAUUCCAGUCUUCGUAAAGUACAAGUCUACAUCUGUUAACCAACACUUGUUUUUCGACGAGCGGACCUUUACACAAGAAGCUCUAUGCCAGCAGAAAUGACGAUGUUGGCCGACCACCCAGCCAGACAGCUGCUGGACUUCAGUCAGAAACUGGACAUCAACCUGCUGGACAAUGUCGUCAACUCCAUGUACCACGACAUCGGCUCCCAGCAACGAGUGGCCCAGGAAGUUCUCACCAACCUGAAGGACCACCCAGACGCCUGGACGAGAGUCGACACCAUCCUGGAGUUCUCUCAGAACAUGAAAACUAAAUAUUAUGCUCUGCAGAUUCUGGAGACGGUCAUCAAAACACGCUGGAAGAUUCUCCCCAGAAAUCAGUGUGAAGGCAUCAAGAAGUAUGUUGUUGGGUUGAUCAUCAAGACUUCUUCUGAUCCUGCAAACAUGGAGAAAGAGGGAGUGUACAUUUCAAAACUCAACAUGAUCCUCGUACAGAUCCUGAAGCAGGAAUGGCCCAAACACUGGCCCACCUUCAUCAGCGACAUCGUGGGCGCGAGUCGGACCAGCGAGAGCCUCUGUCAAAACAACAUGAUCAUCCUGAAGCUGCUCAGCGAGGAGGUCUUUGACUUCUCCAGUGGCCAGAUGACGCAGGUGAAGGCCAAGCACCUCAAAGACAGCAUGUGCAACGAGUUCUCCCAAAUAUUCCAGCUGUGCCAGUUCGUGAUGGAAAACUCCCAGAAUGCCCCGCUGGUCCAUGCCACGCUGGAGACUCUCCUCCGCUUCCUGAACUGGAUCCCUUUAGGCUACAUCUUCGAGACCAAGCUCAUCAGCACGCUGGUCUACAAGUUCUUGAACGUGCCCAUGUUCCGCAACGUGACGCUGAAAUGUUUGACGGAGAUCGCCGGAGUGAGCGUCAACCAGUACGAGGAGCAGUUUGUCAACCUGUUUACCCUCACCAUGUGCCAGCUCAAACAGAUGUUGCCUUUGAACACAAACAUCAGACUGGCGUACUCCAACGGGAAAGAUGACGAGCAGAACUUCAUCCAGAACCUCAGCCUCUUCCUCUGCACCUUCCUCAAAGAACACGGCCAGCUCAUCGAGAAGAGGCCAAACCUGCGAGAGACGCUCAUGGAGGCCCUGCACUUCAUGCUGCUGGUGUCGGAGGUGGAGGAGACGGAGAUCUUUAAGAUCUGUCUGGAGUACUGGAACCACCUGGCAGCAGAGCUCUACAAGGAGAGUCCUUUCUCCACCUCGAGCACCCCGCUGCUCUCCGACGUCCCACCACGCCGACACCUCUACCUGCCUGUACUCUCCCAGGUGCGUCUGCUCAUGGUGAGCCGCAUGGCCAAACCAGAAGAGGUGCUGGUGGUGGAGAACGACCAGGGCGAGGUGGUCAGGGAGUUCAUGAAGGACACGGACGCCAUCAACCUCUACAAGAACAUGAGGGAGACUCUCGUUUAUCUGACCCAUCUGGACUAUGCCGACACCGAACGCAUCAUGACGGAGAAGCUCCACAACCAGGUGAACGGCACCGAGUGGUCGUGGAGGAACCUGAACAUGCUCUGCUGGGCCAUCGGCUCCAUCAGCGGGGCGAUGCACGAGGAGGACGAGAAGAGGUUCCUGGUCACGGUCAUCAAGGACCUGCUUGGCUUGUGUGAGCAGAAAAGAGGGAAGGACAACAAGGCCAUCAUAGCGUCCAACAUCAUGUACAUUGUGGGCCAGUAUCCUCGCUUCCUUCGAGCCCACUGGAAGUUCCUCAAGACUGUCGUCAACAAGCUGUUUGAGUUCAUGCACGAGACCCACGACGGGGUGCAGGACAUGGCGUGUGACACCUUCAUCAAGAUCGCCCAGAAGUGCCGGCGUCAUUUUAUCCAGGUUCAGGUGGGCGAGGUGAUGCCCUUCAUCGACGAGAUCCUCAACAACAUCAACACCAUCAUCUGUGACCUGCAGCCACAGCAGGUCCAUACGUUUUACGAGGCCGUUGGCUACAUGAUUGCAGCUCAGACGGACCAGACAGCACAGGAGCGUCUCAUAGAGAAGUACAUGCUGCUUCCCAACCAGGUGUGGGACAGCAUCAUCCAGCAGGCCACCAAGAACGUGGACAUCCUGAAGGACGCGGAGACGGUGCGUCAGCUGGGCAGCAUCCUGAAGACGAACGUCAGAGCCUGUAAAGCUGUCGGACAUCCCUUUGUUGUCCAGCUGGGACGAAUCUACCUGGACAUGCUCAACGUCUACAAGUGUCUGAGUGAAAACAUCUCCUCUGCGGUCCAGACCAACGGUGAGAUGGUGACCAAACAGCCUCUGAUCAGGAGCAUGAGGACGGUGAAGAGAGAGACACUGAAGCUGAUCUCAGGCUGGGUCAGUCGCUCCAACGACCCUGAGAUGGUAGGAGAGAACUUUGUGCCCCCCCUGCUGGAGGCGGUGCUCAUCGACUACCAGAGGAACGUCCCGGCGGCCCGGGAGCCCGAGGUCCUCAGCACGAUGGCGACCAUCGUCAACAAGCUGGGAGUGCACAUCACGGGAGAAAUCCCCAAGAUCUUUGAUGCCGUCUUUGAGUGCACAUUGAACAUGAUCAACAAGGACUUUGAAGAAUUCCCAGAACACAGAACCCAUUUCUUCUACCUCCUCCAAGCCGCCACCUCCCAGUGCUUCCCAGCCUUCCUGUCCAUCGCCCCGGCCCAGUUCAAGCUGAUCCUCGACUCCAUCAUCUGGGCCUUCAAGCACACGAUGAGGAACGUGGCCGACACAGGUCUACAGAUCCUGUACACUCUCCUGCAGAACGUGUCUGGAGAGGACGCAGCAGCACAGAGCUUCUACCAGACGUACUUCUGUGACGUCCUGCAACACAUCUUCUCUGUGGUCACCGAUACCUCUCACACUGCAGGGCUGACCAUGCACGCCACCAUCCUGGCCUACAUGUUUAACCUGGUGGAGGAAGGGAAGGUCAGCGUCGCGCUGAGCGCCGCCAGUCCGGCAAACAACCAGGCGCACGUCCAGGAGUACAUCGCCAACCUGCUGAAGACGGCCUUCCCCCAUCUGCAAGACGCCCAGGUGAAGGUGUUCGUCACCGGGCUGUUCAGCCUGAAUCAGGACAUCCCCGCCUUCAAGGAGCACCUGAGGGACUUCCUCGUGCAGAUCAAGGAGUUUGCUGGCGAGGACACGACGGACCUGUUCCUGGAGGAGAGGGAGACGUCUCUGCGCCAAGCCCAGGAGGAGAAACACAAGCUCCAGAUGUCGGUGCCGGGCAUCCUCAACCCGCACGAGCUGCCGGAGGAGAUGUGCGACUGAAGCAGCAGCAGAUGUGCGACUGAAGCAGCAGCAGCGACAGCGACCGGCGUGUACAGAAACGGCUCUGAAGGGAGGAAAGGAGGGGAGGGGAGGGAGGGAGGGAGGGAGGGAGGGGGGGGUCGAGAGAGAGAGCAAGGACGCUGCCUGUUGAUAAAUUCUUUUCGUGUGUGUGUGGGUGUGUGUGUGUGUGUUGAAAAGAGAAUGAGGGGACAGAGGAAAGACCCCAGCACUCGGUUGUACGUCGACCAAAUAAAUGUCAAUAUGUAAAUGAGAAUUGUCCCCCCGACCCUCCUCAGCCCUGGUGCGGAUUCUUCAUCUUUUUUCCUUUUUUUUUUUUUUUUUUUUCCCUACAACUUAUUUUAUACAACGAUGUUUUUCUGUUGUGUGUGUGUGUGUAACAUGCCAUGUUUUGUUAAUUCUGUUGCUAAUUAAAGCUUUGUUUGGCCAUAUGGUUAUUUUACACCUGCAUGAAGUUAUAAGAAUUUCAGGUUAUUUUUAAUCAUUCACCUCCUCUACUAUCUGUUAAUAUGUAAUAUAUAUAAUGUUGAAUCACUUGCGAUGGUAAGUCGACAGGCUGCUCUGGUUUCUGAAGUGCCGCGUGCAUGGGGCAGGACGAAUGUGACGCUCAAGGGGUAGACGUGUACUUCCUUGCUUCCUUUGUUGUCUGGUUUUGGUUUGCCAGUGUGUUUGUUUCUUUUACUCUGGCUCUCUGAGUCGGUGAGACCGCUCUGCGUUUGGAUGAGAAGGCCGUGUGCAUAUCAUCCUGUUUGUAAAGCUGUCUUAGUACUCUGAGAAUAUAAAGUUGGCUAUUUUUACAAAAAAAAAAAAAAAAGUGUGUGUGUGACUCUGCUUCUUUAGCAAAGCCCUGAAGGUUAUGGGAAACCUGGAGAAGAACAGGAACGUCACAGCUCUGCCUCCAGGUCCUGAGCGCUUAUUGCAAAUGACGCUUAAUGUCAAAUUUUCCAAAAACCUUUUUAGACCGAGUUAACGUUUGAGGAAACUUCCCAAACUGGAGGGCGGAGGAGUCAAACAUGGUGUGAAACUAAAGUUGAAUAGAACAUGGACUGGCUUUGUCCCAGCGCCACACAAAGAGCGCAGUAACUAAUAUGACAU